CGCAGCUUUACGCAGCAACUCGAAGAGCUGACUGAACUGAAGCUUUGUUUUCAAUCUAAAUACAAAACCGGGGAUCACGAUUGCUUUUUCAACGCCGCCUGUUCAUUGUAGGCAACUUGCACAUGUGCACUUGCUCCACAAUUACGCAUGGUACAAGAGGUGUGGCACGGAGCGGCCGCACCCAGCCACUGAAACCAACCGAACUAGGGUAUGAACACGCCUGUGCCAAUACGUGAGUUCCUCAGAUUUGACAAGAGGUUGACUUUGGAGCCUCAGAAACAAGAAGACAACAAAAAUGCGUGCCACCUGUAAGAGGAGUCUUGGACUGAUUCUGGUCGGUGGAUUUCUGCUGAUUGCUCUAUUUUAUGUUUGGAGUCCAGGGAGCAGCUCCAGAGUUGACAUUCGGCCAAAACAGUGGAGUCCAGUUAUUAAACACCUCCAUGGCAAAAUACAAAACAUUGCCAGCUUGUAUCAUGACAUUCCCUACCACAUAAAGGAGGAUGUGGCAUGUCGUCUGGCUCAAAAUACAUGUGUGUGUGUGGCUGAGAAGGAGACUGUUCACUUGCCCUUCUCCCAUCUGCUGUGGCCUCGUGCAUGGGCCCACGACAUCAGUAUGGCUUUCUUAGAGUCUCAUCCUGACCCAGAGGGUGUGAAGAGCAACAGAGCUCAGGAGUACCACAGCUUUCAGAGGAGGUCCUUUGACCCUUCAGAUGUGCUGGUUAUAGCCGAAGCCCAGAGUCCUCUUCAGUAUCCAACCCAGGGCGUAAAGGUGCGACCCCUCAAAACCAUCAUCAUUCCUGGUCUUGGUCUAAAACAAGAAGAAAGAUCCAACUACUCUGUAUAUUUGACAGCAACACUGGGGACUUUUGAUAUAGCGGCUUCAGUUGACAGUGUUUCUGUGAAUGGAGCAGCAGAGAAGCACAUGGUUCUAUCAAGUCCUCUCCUCUCUGCUCUGAAUAGGCAGCUGCAGUUUGUCACAUACACUAACACUGUGUUCCACCCCAGGACAGCAGAUACAAUUCAAUUUUCAACCAAAGGUCACCAGGCUUUUUUCACCAUCAAAGUUGGACAUGGAACAGUCCCGGCACUUUACAACCAUGGAUCCCAAAAAGAGUAUAACAUUAGCGCUCUUGUUACCAUCGCCACCAAGACCUUUCUGCGCUAUGACAAACUCAAAGAUCUCAUCGACAGCAUUCGACAGUACUAUCCCACUGUCACCAUAGUGAUUGCAGAUGAUAAUGAACACCCCCAGCCAGUGACCGGGCCUCACGUCGAGCAUUACAUCAUGCCAUUUGGAAAGGGAUGGUUUGCAGGGAGAAACCUGGCAGUGUCUCAAGUGACCACCAAGUAUGUGCUCUGGGCGGAUGAUGAUUUCAUCUUCACUGAAAACACCAAGCUGGAAAAGAUGGUGGAAAUAAUGGAGAAGACCACUCUGGAUAUGGUUGGAGGUGCAGUCAGAGAGGCGACCAGUUACACAGCCACAUAUCGUCACACCAUUUCAGUAGAGGAAGGUGGAGAGGAGGGCGACUGUAUACACAUCAGACAAGGCUACCAUCACAUCAUUGAGGGUUAUCCAAACUGUGUGGUCGCUGAUGCAGUCAUCAAUUUCUUCAUGGGGAGGACAGAUAAGCUGCAGCAGGUCAGCUUCAAUCCCCGCCUGGCACGGCAGGGUCAUCUUGAGUUCUUCGUGGACGCUCUGGGCUCCCUCCACAUCGGCUCCUGUAGUGACAUCAUUGUGAACCACGCGUCAAAGAUCAAACUACCCUGGACUAAAACAGACAAACAAAAGGCUUACGACAAAUUCCGCUAUACAUACUCAGGCUCUGACAAGAACCUCCAUAAUGAAAUCUACUACUUCAAGAACAGGUUCAAGUGCAUGACCAGCAACUGAAACCUGCAGUACGUCAUGUUGGUUUGCUUCCAUUAUGUGAGGAAAAGUGACUUUUUUUCUAAUUUUCAGGCAAAGUGGAGACCUCAGAAUACUGUAUUACUUUUGACAGUUUUUUUCACUGUCUCAGAAUUUGCUGUUAAAUGAUUGUUUGGAUAGAUUUUGUUCUGUGAACAGAAUAGGAUUCUUUUGUAUGAACUGAAAAGCCAAAAUAUAAACCUCCAUAUUGAGUGUAAAUUAUUCGUAAGGUGCGCAUGAAGUAUGUAUACCAAACUGAACAUUGAUGUCCAAAAUUAAAUAAGACAGUUUUUUGUUUCUUUUGUAUACAGAUAAAUGCUGUGAAGUUCUGUCCCAUGAUGUUAUCUACAUAACUUCUUUAGUAGCUUUUUGUCUGACUUACAUUUCAUAAAAAAAUGUUAAACAGUUACUCACCAAAGAGAUAAAAGUGUCUGAAAAGUGUCAGUGGCUACACAUAAACUCAGAAAAGACAGGACUAGUGAUCGAGUUAUAGUUAAUGUUUAGGCUCAGUCUUUCCCCAGUUUGACCCCGGUUGUGAAUGGACUGAAGUGGCAGCAGCAAUUAAACUUUUAUGUUCUUGUUAACAUGUAGCAACAUUUGGAGUCAAGGUGCAACAGCCGAUUUGAGUUUGGGUAACUGAGUCGACACGUGUGCUAGGCUCGAGACCACAAGGUCUUCUAGGCAUGGUGAACAUCAAACAUUUUGAUGCCAGUUAUGGAGAGAGAGAGUGUAGAGUGAUAGACAAGCCAAUGCUUUUGAUGCAUCCUCUUACACUUCCUCUUUCUCAUAAACUGAAUCUAAACACCAUCAGACCUUCUGAGAAAACGUUGGUAAUGCAGGCGUUUCUUACUCAGGAAUUAUUUUUGUUUUUAAAAGCGUUUGAGUGAUUUGUGUUAUGAAUGUUAUUUAUGCAUUUGGCUCCAAAUUGUGAAUUGUCAAAGUGUUGUCAGUGUGUCUUACUGUGUUUUUUGCGUUGUAUGCAACACUGUUGUACAGUGUUUGGAGUUAUUGAGCUUUUGAAAAGCUUCUUAUCAUUUGAACUUUUCUCUUUAAUUAAUAAAAGUACAGUAAUAAAAAAUAA